AUGGCAGUGAAUUCUCUGUGUGGCAUUACCGGCGAGAAGCCUGACAGCUUGUUGUCGUCGCUACCCAGCGAAUUGGCGUUUAAUGAUCUUCGCGACGCUGCAAGGCGGGCGACAAAAUGCGAGACCACUGCCCCGAGCAGCUUACACAGCAUCUGUUUGAAAUCAGCCAUCAACAGGCCGGCCGGUGCAGCAGUCCUCGAGUUGCAGGACUCUGAUUGGAUGCAACCGUACCGCGGCAAGAGUCUCAAAUCCCACAUCCACCACUCACUGAAGCCCAAGGACUGCGAGCUGGGGAUUAAUGCGGAUGGCCUGACGAGGCACAAGCAGAACAAGGCCUACACCAAGCCACACAUUUUCCACGAGAGGCUGAGAUUGCUGAAGGUGUUGCGUGGCUCAUGGGUGAAGGCCGCGGGCGAGCUCGACGAGCGAGCCGAUGCAGUGAAGGCGACCUUGAAAACGCUGUGGGUUAGCAAGUUGAUGCCCCGACAUUGCUUCUUGCAGUGGCGAGCUCGCCGACAAGGCGAAACAGAGCGACGAAUGGUUCUUUCAUCGGGCCCGCAUGCGGCCUUGACUGUCGAUCUCCAGCGAGUCCCGGAAGUUUUGCCCAUCAGCUACACCUUCGCUGAGCCUGCCAUCCGCCGAGCCCUAGUGGUGGUUGGCGACGUGGAUGACGUCGAGAUCGCAUUGACGAAGCCUACUUUGCACCAGGGCAAGAUCCUCGGUUGGGCUCAAACCACGGACUACAUGAGCUUGCCGCAGUAUGUCGCAGACCACACCAUCUCUACGGUGCCGGCUACCUUGCUUUCGCAGCUUUGCUCCGCCCUUGGGAUGAGAGGCCAUGGAAAAAUGGGACACCGCAGGCGGGUGGAAGCAUUCUUGCGAGAGAUGGGCAAGGAGGACGACUACAUUCAAUCAGUGCUUGAUGAAAUCCCGGAAAAAGAGCCCAAGCCCCGCCGCCAGGAUGGAGAUGGCGAGCCUGGUGACGGUGAAGAGGACAGGCUCCACGGGCAGACGGACGAUGAGAACGAGCAGGAGUUCGCGAAUCAUAUCAACCCCGAGCCCGAGGACGACGAGCUGAAUCAGGCUAUGGACGGAGCGCCGGAAGAGAAGCCUGCCGAGCCCGCCGGAGUAGCCGCUGAGGCUGCAGCUGCUAUGGCCGUGGAGGAUCCCAGGGUCCGUGCUGACGGGCCGCAUGUGCCAGCUGUGGCACGUGAGCGACCUGCCGAGGAUCUGUUUCCACCACACUGCUCAUGUUAUUAUGGGCACCCUCAUGAGGCUUCGCCUUUCGUUCAGGCUUUCUUACCACCUGGUUUUUUGCACCAGGGUCGAAAGAGCCGGUGUGUGUCGUACAAGUCCGAUGCAAUGUUUGUGCAGAACGGCACGUCCCGCACGAAGCUCGAAGCAGAGCGAUGUGUGCAGGCCUGGUGCUGGGCUUGGUUUGAGUCUCUGCGAGAUUCAGAGAAGGAGCAUUUGAGGCGCAGCAGCCCGAACGGGCCUGCCGCCAAGAGGCCACGAGUCGCAUGA